CCCCCCCUCCUCAUCUAUUGGCUGCCACAGGAGGUUGUGCCUCACAGAGCCUGACUGGUUUGACCCUCCAGGUCCUCAUGACUAUAAAAGCUGCCGGGUUCCCUCCACUGCAGGACUGCAGGGCGUAAACUCCAACAUGUGGACGCUCCUCCUUGUGUGCUGCCUGUUAGGGGUGUUGGGGACAGAGGACAUCCUCCCUGGGGACGCCCGGCAGCUUCAGACCCUACACUGCCCGCCCUGCGAGCAGAUACACUGCUCCUCCAAGCGGGCGCUGAGGCUCCAGUGCAAAGGUGGCGUCACGACGGGCGUCUGCGGCUGCUGCCCCGUCUGCGCCCGGAUGGAGGGGGAGACCUGCGGGGGGAACUGGGACUAUCUGGGGAAGUGUGACGAGGGGCUGGUGUGCAUUCAUCAGGCGCCAGCAGCUGAUAAACCAGGAGCAGAGAGGAAGGGGGUCUGUAAGGCAGUGAUUGAAAGCCUGAACCCAGAGAGCUGCAGCCCAGAAUGCACCAAGGAGUACUGCCAGGCUAACCCCGCUGCAAUCUGCUCUGCCAGGUUUGCAUCCCUUGAGAAGAAGGCAUGCCAGGGCUCCUGCCAGCACACCUCCUGCUCCAGCUGCCUCACGCUGAGGCGGCCUUCAUGCCCUCACAGCUGCGCGCCCUCCGAUUCGGCCUGCAUGCACCGCUUCGGCAGGUGUGUUCACAAUCACCUUAGAGGUCAUCCUGCCUGCAGCAGUGACAUACAGAAUAAUGGCGAAGGGCGUUUAGUGUGUUUGGUGCCGGAUUGCUGACAGCCAAUCACGCGCCUGUAAGACCACCGCAGGAGGAGAUGAAUGAAACCAAAGGAGAAACUUCACAAGUUCAUGUAGCAAAAUAUAGGAAAAAAGGCAGCUAUCUUCCUAACAUCAAUACCUGGAGAAUAAAUGUGAUCUCAUUUUGAGAUGUAAAUUGUAAAUUGUAAAAUAACUUUGUUUACAUUUUUGCAAAAUAAACAUUUAAGUGAUAAUUGA